AUGGAAUAUCCAGGAUCUCCCGAGCCCCCGGCGAAAAGGAGACGCUUCUUCGCGACCGACGAAGAUGCUUUGAGCCACCAAUCCAGUCCGGCGCUUCCCACCCCGCCAACGCACCCAAAGCAGCGCUUCUUCCAGGAUGUUGACGAAGAGUCUACCCAAAUCAAAAGCGAAGAUGCUCAUCCCCCAUCAUCGCCCACAAACUCUCACGGCCCUCUUGUCGAGCAACCGGUUGAAGAUGCCUGUAACCGCUCCGUCCCACCUGCGGACACCCAGCGCGACGAGUCUGCCAUGACGUUCGACCAGGAGGCCUUUGAGAGCUUCGUUGGAGACAAGGUUGCGGCAGAGGUGCUGGACGUAAUCCGGGACAGUUGUGGGAACAACCUCGAGCGUGCGGUCAACAUGUACUUCGAUGGCACGUGGAAGGACUUCAAGAAGAAGCCUCCCUCCCUCGAUGCCUUUACCCGACGUUCCCCUCCCACCGCCAACCCGCCGCCACAAGAUUCGCCGAUGGAAGACCCUACGAAACCCGUCAUCCGACGCACGAUGGCUGGAGCUCGAUAUAUUGGCUCACUUGGCGUCGAAGGCUGGGCUACUCGCAGCGGCACGAAUCUGCUCAAUCAUGGAGACGUAGUGAAGAUUGAACGGCAGAAGGUCCAGCCGCCCCAGGCUACGCGGAUAAAGACAAAGCUUGGCGUUGCAACUGUUGCUCCCCGUGGUGCAUCCGCCGCCUCGAGACGAGUUGAUGUAAUGGUACGAUUUACAAAUGGCAGCGGGUCCGAGAUCGGCAGGUUGGCCAAGGAGACGGCCGAAUGGGUCUCGACGUUGAUAGACCAGAAAAUCUGCAAGUUUGAGGGCGUAUGCGUCUAUGCCCCAGAGCGACUGCGAACCAACGACACCGUUUUCAUCCAGUUGAAGUGCUAUCUGCUAGCCUCAGCUUUUCAUCGACCUGGAUUCACCCUCUCUGACAACAGGGCAGCGGGAUUCUUCGAGGAAAAGGAGUCGUCAGAGGAGAAGGAACUGCGUCUUCGACAGGUAGCACUGGUGAAGUUGUUGCAGGAGGUCAACCUCGAGCCCACUAGGGCAAACGCGACCGCAAGCAAAAGCCAACGACAAGGGCUGCUUCAGGCCGCAGAGAUGGAUGACAACAAGGAAAAGGAUUCAUCCAAGCCAACUGCCAAAGAGCCGGGAUCUUCACCUCCUUCAGAAGAACAAGAGGAUGGCGAAGAGCUGGAGCAAGACCAACUAGAUGCGUUGUACCGCAAAGCCCAGUCCUUUGACUUCAACACACCGGAGGCAGAGCCUGCAGAUACCUUCGCCAUGGACCUGAGGCCAUACCAGAAGCAAGCAUUGCACUGGAUGAUGACAAAGGAGAAGGACCAGAAGAGCAACCGAGAGCCGAGCAUGCACCCCUUGUGGGAGGAGUAUGCCUGGCCACUCAAAGAUACGGACGAAAAGGAGCUUCCUCAGGUUCAAGACCAGCAAUACUUUUACGUCAACCCAUAUUCGGGCGAUUUAUCACUGGAUUUCCCCGUUCAGGAACAGAACUGCCUGGGUGGUAUCUUGGCUGAUGAGAUGGGUCUCGGCAAGACCAUUCAAAUGCUCAGCUUGGUUCACUCUCACCGCUCUGAAAUUUCCCAAUCGGCCAAGGCCAAUGGCAGUGCCCCCACGUCUGUCAACGAACUCCCGAGGCUCGCCUCCAACUCAUCAAGCGUGUUGUCGGCACCAUGUACGACACUCGUCGUGGCGCCCAUGUCGUUGCUGUCCCAGUGGCAGAGUGAGGCGGAAAAGGCCUCGAAAGAAGGCACCCUCAAAGCCAUGGUGUAUUACGGCAACGACAAGGCUAGCAACCUCCAGGCUAUAUGCUGUGCCGCAAGCGCGGCUUCCGCUCCUGAUGUGGUCAUCACAAGUUACGGCGUGGUGUUGUCGGAGUUCAAUCAAGUCGCCUCCAAGAAGAUCGACAAGUCUUCCCAUACUGGCAUCUUUUCCCUGAACUUCUUCCGCGUCAUUCUCGAUGAGGCCCAUCACAUCAAGAACCGAGGGUCUAAAACUGCCAAGGCGUGCUACGAAAUAUCUGCCGAACACCGAUGGGCGCUGACUGGAACGCCAAUCGUCAACAAGUUGGAGGAUCUGUUUAGUCUGGUCCGUUUCCUGCGUGUGGAGCCUUGGAACAACUUUUCGUUUUGGAAGACCUUCAUUACAGUACCCUUCGAGUCCAAGGACUUCAUGAGGGCGCUUGAUGUUGUGCAAACGGUGCUAGAGCCCCUGGUUCUGAGGCGUACCAAGGACAUGAAGACGCCUGAUGGUGAACCCUUGGUGCCACUGCCUCCGAAACACGUCGAGAUUGUCGACGUAGAACUAAGCCAAACAGAACGUGAGAUAUACGACUAUAUCUUUACGAGAGCCAAGCAAUCGUUCCGAGAGAACGUCGAAGCGGGCACGGUCAUGAAGGCAUUCACUAGUAUCUUUGCCCACAUCCUGCGCCUUCGUCAGUCGUGCUGCCAUCCUAUUCUGGUGAGAAACAAGGAGCUCGUCGCCGACGAAGUGGAAGCAGGAGCAGCGGCGGACUUGGCAGCAGGGCUUGCGGACGACAUGGACCUGGGCUCUCUCAUUGAGCACUUCACGGCCGCAGUAUCAGAAUCAGAGUCUAGUACAGCCGCAUUCGGGGCACACAUCCUUGGCCAGAUUCGUGACGAGGCUGAAAACGAGUGCCCAAUCUGCGCCGAAGAGCCAAUGGUCGAGCAGACCGUCACCGGAUGCUGGCACUCGGCGUGCAAAAAGUGUCUUCUGGACUAUAUGAAGCACCAGACAGACCGCCACAAAGUGCCGACGUGUCCUAACUGCCGUGCGGAGAUCAACUACCGGGACCUCUUCGAAGUCGUUCGCCACGAUGACGAACCAGACAUGUUCCAUAAGCCCAGGAUCAGCCUGCAGCGCCUGGGUAUCAACAACUCAUCAGCCAAGGUUGUGGCACUCAUCAAGGCUCUGCGCGAGCUCAGGAAAGAGCAACCGCGAGUCAAAUCCGUCGUCUUUAGCCAGUUCACAUCGUUCCUGUCACUCAUCGAGCCGGCUCUGGCGCGGGUCAACAUAAAGUUCCUCCGCCUCGACGGUUCGAUGGCGCAAAAGGCACGCGCAGCGGUCUUGACCGAGUUCCAGGAGUCCAAGACAUUCACCGUGUUGCUUCUCAGUCUCCGCGCCGGUGGUGUGGGGCUGAACUUGACAUCGGCAAAGCGGGUUUACAUGAUGGACCCCUGGUGGAGUUUUGCAGUCGAGGCGCAGGCGAUCGAUCGCGUGCACCGAAUGGGGCAGGACGAGGAGGUCAAGGUGUAUCGCUUCAUCGUCAAGGAGAGCGUGGAGGAGAGGAUGCUCCGGGUCCAGGACCGGAAGAAGUUUAUUGCCACGUCUCUGGGCAUGAUGAGCGACGAAGAGAAGAAGCUCCAGCGGAUUGAGGACAUCAAGGAGCUGCUCAGCUAA